GCAGGAGGGACGUCGCCCGGUAUUCGGAAGUCGGCUGAAGUCUCCAGCAGCAAAACCGGACCGUGACAGCCAAUCGUUGCUCCGAAGUGUCCCCGCGCGCUGCCGCCCGAAUGAAAUGGCUUUGUGCGACUUUCCUGCUCCCCACCUCCACCAUCCAAGCCUGCACGCCCGCUCCACGCUCCACGCUCCACUCGUGAACAAUCGUGCAGCAUACAGGACUGUGCUGCGACCGGCAUUUUCGACGAGAGCAAACUAUCGUGGUAUAUUGGCGAAUGCGUUGCUUGCAGCAUCACCGGUGCUGAUCGACAAAUUGGCCUCAAAAUUGCUAAACCGGGGCAUGCGACGCAUCUGCUCUGCUGAAUCCUGCCAGGACUGCGAACUAUGUCCUAGCCCGGAUGUUGCACGACGGAAGCAUGUCGAGUGCUCAAAUUCCGUCACUCUCAUCCAAUCGUUAGCUGUACGGAUUGGUCGACCUUGCGAAUCGGUCUCUGCAAAGCAGUCAGCGCAGUCGCAGAGUGCAUUUUCCCUUGCACUGUUCCGCCAAAACCGGUGUGUUCAGUGGCUGUUCACGCAGGUAUCGACGCAGGUCCCGCCAAAGGUAGGGCACGAGUCGGACGCCCAGCCUCAGCAAUAUCACGAAUGACGGUCGUGAUGCGCAGAGUCAUGUCCAAGCGAACAACGAGACUGCCCUGGCGAACAGAGGCCCCUGAUUUCGCCAGGUAGGUCAGCUGGCGCCGCUGGCUGACUGACAUGAUCAGACAGCCUCGGAAUCACCUUGGCGGCGCUCAGGCACCAACGCUCUCGACAAAUGGCACGCCUGAUUGAAAACUUCGUCCGUCGGUAUCAGUCUGCCUCCUAUGCACAGACAUCACAAACGAUGGCUUAUCAGAGGUCAUGCCUUGAACCCUGUCG